AUGCAACCGCCGCACGUGGAGACAGCAAAAGCAGCGCUGCAAGAAAGCCUAUCAAGUACCUUCUCGUCCACGCCCGAAAAUGACCACAGUCUACGUGUUCCGUAUAAUUCUUUGCGUAGUCCCUCGAAUAACCUCCGCGUAAACAAGUGGGACGCGUUAAUCCUGGACUCGGAAAUUCUGGGACUUCUCAAGACACCACUGAAAGGCAUGUUCAGCAUGUUUGAGCCUAGUUUUGUAACCCGAUUUGAUGCAGAGAUUGAUGCGACAUUACAGACGCUUUUGUUUGCAUUCACGACGGGCCUUAGGAGGCCAACGCCUGGUAUGAAACUGGAGAACGUCCAAUAUGCACCACAUGUGCUUACUGGAAGACGUAUAGGGGCCUUAUUCAUGCUUUCAAUUGGGGUGCCAUUUGUCUGGAAGCGGUUGUUUCGCUACUUAUCGUCUGGUCAGUGGACUGUACGAGGAGUGCCCAUUGGUGGUGAUACGUCUGAUAACGAUGUAUCGUAUCGAGAGCGAGUUCUAGUAAUGAUGAAGAGGCUGGAAACGCUUGUGCUCACGCUUCAGCUUGUCAAUUUGCUCAUCUUCUUGCAGAAGGGGACUUACCGGUCUCUACCUGAGAGAUGCUUGGGGAUGAAGUUGGAAAGCAUUGCUCCGUCAACAGCCCCGCGGUUGAUUAAUUUUGAGUACAUGACUCGCCAAUUGUUAUGGAACGGACUGAUGGAUUUUGGCAAUUUCUUUUUGCCCCUUCUGACGUGGAGCUGCCUGCGUACGAGCGCGGCACUGCAGGGAAAGUUGCCAACUGCAGCAAGCAACCGCUCCUCGCAGUGCUGCCUUUGUGGCAUUUCCCCGCCACAGACACCUUACAUCACGUCGUGCAAGCACGUGUACUGUUACUACUGUCUGCAGACUGCUGUCGCCAUGGAUGACGAUUACCCAUGUGUAGCCUGCGGAAUCAAGUUUGUUUCGUCUCAGCAACUACGGAUGUAA